AUUUCAAGGAAUGUUUCCAAAUUCUAUUAACUGUUGUUAUAAGAAAAUAUUUAAUUCAUUUAGAUAAUUUAAAUCAAAAUGAUGUUUUAAAAAAAUUUAAGAUAAAAUUUUUUUGGAUAAAAUGUAAAUAAAAAAAAAAGUUUUUUAUACCAUAUUUUGUGUGUGAAUUUAUUUUUGGUUAUUAUGUGCAAAUCAGUGGAAUUUUUAAGUCACUUUUUUUAAUAUUUUCUCACUAACAAAAUUAUUUUUAUUUUUGUACAGCAAAACACCCUGACGUUUUUAUGAGUAAAUAUUCAUAUCGUUUGUAUUAUUUGUAUGAAUUGUUAAAAAAAUAUUUUAUUUACUCAUUGAAAAAUUCAGAAUAUUUUUUAUACAAGUAAAAAACCAGUACGAAGGAAACUGUCACGAAACUUCAUCCUGCUAAAGAGCAGACUAUCACCCUCCAGGCGAAUACGAUCAAUCUUUACGGUUGCUCUAAUUUCGGUUACACACUCCUGGACGUCAAACUUCCCUACCUGUGGUAUUGUCCCGCGUGCCAUCCAAUGGAACGGUAAAGAACGGUUCUGUUCGCAGUCAAAACUUUCGACAGUUAGAUUGAUAAAUUCAAAAGAAAAAAAAAAGGAAUAUGGAGAUUAAGUCCUGGAAUUUUGUAAUUUAAUUGGUUCUAAAACUUGUCAAUUAUUUAGCGAAAUUAAGAAAAGAUGAAAGGAUGCGCUCGACACAGUGUAUGCUUCUUGUCAUUUGUCACAUGGCUUCUUGGUGGAACUCUUAUAGGAUGUAUGAUGUGGGUUUUGGCUACUUCCACUGCUGUACAUCGUUUUUUUAAGGGUACUUUGAUCUUUACAUAUGUUGUGUUGAUACUUGGAUCAUUUCUUUUCUUGAAUGGUCUUCUUGGGUGGAUUGGCUCCUACAGAAGAGGAAGUUGCUUGCUAAAAUUGUUCUUAAUAUUUUCUUUGCUCACAAUUUCUUGUGAGAUUGGUGGUAUCAUUGCUCUUAAUAUAAUGAAGAUGAAAAUGACAGAUAUACUUCAAACAGCUUGGAUGGAAAUAAAUCAAAAUACAAGAAAUGUGAUUCAAGAACAUUUUGUUUGUUGUGGAUUUGUUGGACCUCAAGAAUUUGCUGAUACAAAUGAUCCUAUAGAUGACAGUUGUUAUUAUAAAGUAUUAGAAGGACAAAAUAUAUCUGUAGUUGGAUUGCGGCAAUUGAACAGAAUUGGUUGCAAAGAAAAAUUAGUUGACUGGUUUUAUACAAACAAGGCCAUUUGGAUCACCUGUCUCGGGGCACUUCUGCUUCUACAGGUGAUCAGUAUUUUGCUUGCUGUAUUAGUAAUAAAUCAGAUGAAGAGAGAAAACCGUUCAUCACAAGAUAUUAAUGAAAGCCAUCAUACAUAUCUGUGAUUCUAUUUUAUUUCAUUUUAUUACAAAGUAUUAAAUUUAGCAGAUAUUCUUUUUAAAAAUGAAAUGUAUAAGUAUAUGAAUGCCAUGAAAGAAUAAUUAAUUAAAUAAUUGUUGCCAUAUUUCUUUAUCUAGAAAAUUAUACUUAUUUAAAAAGUGUUCAAGGUCAUAGACAGGAAAAAAUCUUGGAGUUUGAACCCUCCCUAUUUCUGUACCAUAUCUUUUAUUGAGUGCUAAAUAACUGCAUUUUCUAAUUUGUCAUGCCUUUAGGAAUAUAGAUUUAUUCAAUUAAUCGAUUUAUACAUUUACCACAAUGACUAUAUGAUGUUUAUCAAGGAAAUCCAAGUUACAAUAACAAUGAUAUUUCUAAUUUCUGUAUUUUCCAAUAUCAAGAUAUAUACUGUAUAUUAAUUUUAAUACAGUUAUAUUUAAAAUAUUAACAAUGUAAUUAUUUUAGAAAUUUAAUCAUUUUGAUCAGUACUGACAUACAAUGUAGAAAAUUGGUAAUAAAUUCUACAAUUUACAGCUUUUACAAUUUAUAAUUCAAAAGAUGUUCUAAAGGACUUGAUAUAACAUUAAUGAUUUCAUAUUAUUAAAACAUUUUCAUUAAUUAAAAAGAAAGAUUCAAAUAUUUUAAAUUAACAAAGCAUAUAUGAGAUGAGUGAAAUAAGUAAUUUAAAAAAGCCAAAGUUACUAGAAUUAUAAGUACCACUUUAAAACUGAAAUAAUUUUUUUUUGCAUUUUACCCAGAGUGGAAAUAGAGAAUAAAUUUCAAAUUAUGUUAAUUUUUUUCACCGCGUUUAUAAUUAUUUGGAUAUUAACAUGAAUAAAGAAAUAAAUUUUUCAUUUUUAAGUCAUUUUGCCCUGUAGACUUAAGAGGGCUUUUUUAAUUAUAUCCAUCAUGGGUUUGACCAGUCCACAAUGGUGCAGCCAAGGCGAGAGAUGGAGCUUGAUAUAUCCAGGAUGAACAACUCAUGAAAAAUUCCUGAGGUUGCUUGUCUGGAUUUGAUCCUGGAUCCCCAGUGCAGUACGCUGAUGCCUUAACUAUCUCAGCCAUCUGUCCAUCAAUGUGAGAUAUUUUAUGAUGCAACAUUAGUCAUGUUAAAUAAUAAUUUUAAACUAAUUCUGUGCUACACUGAAUAAAUUAGAUGUGUAAUAUUCCACCCAAAUAGACAGUCAGUUAUCUAAUCAAUACUAAGAUUGUGACUUGAAAAUUAAUCAAUAGCCUAAUGCAUUACUGAUUUUAUUAAUUUGUCCUCAAUCAUGCUACAGCUAAGUGUUUUUGUAAGUGUGGAAAAACAGAAAUUUUGUAUUAUUUAUUUUCUAUAAAAUAUUAAAUAUUAGUAUAUAUUAAAAAUUGUUUAUAUUCAGUUUGGCUAAAGAUAAACAAAUGGUUCAAAAUCAUUUAUAAGGUAUAUUAAAUUUUGGUUUAGCUGCUAAGUAAAUCUUAUUUAGAUUCUAAUGUUUUAAUAAUCAAACUAUUAAACUAUUUUGUAUUAUCUUGGACUACAUUGUGGCUAACUAAUAAUUAAUAACUAAUGUUUCAUUAUUUUUCUAUGAAUAAAACUUUUAAAUAGUUAAUAAAUUGAAAACAAUUAGUCAUGUUCAGUAAUGCAUAAUUCUUCGUAAGUUUAACUAUGCUGUAAUCCUGAAUUUGUUUAUAACUAAUUCUUGAUUCAGUCCACUUCUAGAAUUUUAAGUAAUUCAGUCAGCAUACGUUUUGUAUGCUAAAACUUGCUACUGAUUUAAUCUUUUUUAUUGCAUUAUUAUUGCCAGUACUACUCACUUGAAAAAUAACCAUACCUAUUGGUUUAAGUAUUGUAUAUAUUUUUUCUUCAUUGAUGAUAAAAUUAUGGCUACAAUAAAUGAAUAAUCUCUUUUAUUACUACCUGACUGACUUGGGAUACCAUUCAAAGAUACCGAGAAUAAUUCUCUGCUCUGCCUACAUCAAAUAGAUUUCUUAAUUAGCAUUCUGCAUUCCUGAAUAUGAUCCUGGAAUUAAAUUAGUGUUUUUGAGUGUAUAACUGAUGAAAAACUUUGAUAAAUUCAUAUAUCUAAAAAUUUGUUAUAUAUUAAAAAUAUGUAUCAGUAUCAGAUAUUUCUAUAAAUAAAUCCUGGGCUUUUUAUGAAUAUAAAAUAUAUUACAUUCAUAAAAAUUUUUCAUGUAAAAUAGUGAUAAUAAAAGAUAAGUCUAGGCUUCCAAAACUUUAUAUAUUAAUAAAAAUUAUGUCAUUGGUCAUAAGAAAAGUCAUAAUAUUCAUCAGCUUCUUCAUAGUUGUGCUUCAAUAUCUUGAUGAUAUUCUCUUUUGUCUUCGUUUUUUUUUUAUUAUUUUCUAAUUCUUUAGAUUCUUGAGAUUCACCAUUUUCAACCAAUGUUUCAGUUUAAGCUUAGUGUUGAGUUUCUCUUGUAGUAUUUAAAAUCCAUUUUUCCUAUUCCAUAAUCUUCAGUUUUCAAAUUUUCUUGAAAUUGAUUCUUUCUUGACGCUGAAAAUAGGAUAAAUUAAUCAUUAUUGAUAUAUUCAUCAUAACGAUGGAUAUUCUAUUACAUUGAAAGGGUGUCUGCAUUUCCUGUCCUUUACUUUAGAAUUCUCUGAAAUUAGUAAAGUUCCAUAAGAUUAUUUUAUAUGCUAGAUAAAACUAUUAAACAUUUUCAUAAUAAAUUUAUUUGGAAUGAAUUAAAUUCUCAGACAUUUAAACUGGGAUGAUAAUAAGUUCUAUAAAUUUGAUUGUGAUUAUUUCAUUUAUUAUUCAUUUUUAUUGAAACUGUCUUCAAUAAUUUAGAUUUUUAUUGAAAAUCCACUAAAUAAAUAGCAUAAAUUGUGUUGCUAACUGUACUGAUAUUGUUGUAUAUGCAAUUUAACAAUUAUCAGAUAUUGAUAUACAGUGAACCUAUCUCUCAAAUCUCAGGAUGAGGAAAAUGUUGAGAUAAACAGGUUGUGAGAUAUAGAGGUUCCUACACAGUAAACAGUAAUAGGUUUGGUUUGAUUGGAUGUACUGUAUUUUAUUAAUACAAUAGCAAAUACAAUACAUACCUGUAUUAGGUAUUAAUAAAACAUUUGUCACACACUAUACCUUAACAGAAAUAGUUUCUGAUGCCUGACUUUCUUCAACAAAUAAGAUGUAAGCCAAACUCUUAGUCAAUCACAGAAAAACAUCAUUAAUUGCAACUACAUAUUGUAUUGGAAGGGAUAUUUUGCAACUACAAUUUAUACUAUCAAAAUGUAUUCACUGAACUGUUAAUUUAUACCUGACAUUUCAGUCUCUAAUUUGAGAUAUAAAAGUUUUGGGAGAAAAUCAUUUGAAAAAAACAUGGGAAAUAUAUUGAAUUUAUGCUGAAAACAUAGGGGAUAAAAUAAAUUUCAAGAUAAAGAGGUUUACAAAAUAAACAUAUAUGAGAUAGACAAAUUCAAUUGUAUAACUUGCAACAUAGUUUUUUAUAAUGCUGAAAAUUUUUCAUAAAAUAAGUUUUUCAAACUGACUUUUUGAUAUUCAUUCAUAUGUAUUAAAAAAUGUAAAUAUGAGACUACAACAAUAUAUGACAAUAUUAUUGUUUAGAAGAGUUAUAUUAAUAAAUCACCUAUUACACAGGUCAACAGUGGUUUUGGUGCCCAGGUAUUUUGAGCUGAUUUCAUAUGAAUUUGAUGUCCUGAAUUCAAAUAUGGCAUUAGUUUUUGCCUAGGAGCUCUAAUUUUUAAGAUAUAGCAUUUUAGCGAAAUAUAUGUUUCAAUAUCUUAAGUUAAA